AUGCAGACCAACGAGGAGGUUGUGCUUUACCGUCUCGCGACGGGGCCGCAGAAGCCCGUCAGCGAGCACAAGCGGUUUUCGAUCCUGGUGCUCGGCUCCUUCGGCUGCAUCGUGUGCUCCUUCAGCUAUGCGUGGAAUCUCAUCUCCGGCACGAUGCAGCAGCGGUACGACCUCUCGCAGCGUGACCUGAGCACGAUUGCGACGGUGGGCCUCGUGGUCCAGUACUGCGUGCUCCCCUACGCCUUCCUGUACGACUUCCUGGGGCCCGUUCCAAUCAGCAUCAUCGGCACUGUGUACUUCCCGCUGGGCACUCUGCUGCUUGCGCUGUGCUUUAUGGGCAAGAUCGAGGGCAGCGUGGCACGCCUCUCCGUGUUCAACGCCAUGAUGGCUUGCGGCUGCGGCAUGUUUGAUCUUGUGAGCUGCAUCACCGUCCUGUCUCACUUCCCGACAAACCGUGGCCCCGUGACGGCGCUGCUCAAGACGUUCACCGGCCUGGGCUCUGCAAUUGUCGCGUGCCUGUACGCCGGCUACUUCGACUCCAACGCCGAGAAGCACUUCUUCUUCCUGUUUUCUCUGGGUAUUCUUGUGGGCGCCCUGUGCAUUGUGUUCAUGCGGCUGCCCCCCUACCACCUGACGCAGUACGAGGAGCGGAAGUUGUCUGAUGAGGUGAAGGAGCGCCGCCUGGUGACGAAGGCGCAGUACCUGCGUCAGGAGGCACCGCUGCGCCGCUUCGUGUUGGGCCUGUUCAUCCUGGUUGUGCUCAUUGUCUUCGUGACGACGCAGAGUGCGCUGGUGAGCUACCUGAAGCUGGGGAAAGCCCCGAGGCUUGCCUUUGCGAUCGUGUCCACAAUCCUGGUGUUCUUGUAUUUCCUUGUGAUGGCCCCGCUCCCGUUUCUGAACAGCAGCCACAUCCCGUUCUUCCAUCCGGUGCACUCGAAGCGCGACGCGCGCGACGACGCUGACAGCGGACACACUACUGAACCCCCGGAGUUGCUGGUGAGCGGUAUGAGCAGGUGCAACUCACCGGAUGAUGAGCAGGUGGGCGACAAGAAAGUGAAGAGUCUUGUGGACGACGCUGGUGUUGUGGCGGAGAAACGGAUUGCUGAGACUGGUACAGGGGCUUCGGCCGAAGUCGAGACGGAGAUCGACUACGUUGCACCGCAGUACCAGGGUACCUUCAUCCACAACCUGGGCACGCUGGAGCUGUGGGCUCUGUGGUGGACGUCGUUCGUUACGACAGGUGUGACGUUCGUGAUUAUUUUUAAUUCUUCAUUUCUCUUUGUUGCUCUGCAGAGUGCGCCGGUCAGCAAUUCGCUGCGGACGAUGUUGACGGUACUCAAUGGCGUGGGCAGCGCUGUGGGCCGGCUGCUGAUGUCCUACUUCGAGGUCUGGUCGCAGAAGCGCAAGGCCGAGGACCGCGUGCCGAUCACCAUGGCAGUAUUUUUUUCCACCGGCUGUAUCAUCAUUAGCAUCGUGCUAUUCCUUUCGCUGCCUGCUGCCGCGCUCCCGCUGCCUCAGGUGCUAGCCGCGCUCGGUAACGGCUUCUACAACGGUAUCGUGAUUCUGGUGUCCCGCACGAUCUUCGCGAAGGACCCCGCGAAGCACUACAACUUCUGCUUCACUGCACCUAUGCUAGCAUCGCUGGUAUUCAACCGUUUCCUGUACGGCGAGUGGUACACGGUGCAGGCGGAGAAGCAGGCACGCCCGGAUAAGAUGUGCUACGGAAAGACGUGCGUGCUGAUGCCGCUGGUGGUACUGCUCGGGCUUGGGUGCAGCGCCUUCAUCACGGACGUGGUGCUGAAUCUUCGCUACCGCUCGUACUCCCAGAGGGUAUUGGCGGAGCGCGCGCGUCUGCGUGAGCAGGAUGAGCUAGCUCAAAAGGCGGGUGCUAUGGUUCUCAGCGACGCAAGGGACGGUGUGGGCACCGACAAGGCUGGGGACCUGGAGAUGAAGGAGCUCUGA